AUGAGUCGAGAGCAGGCCAAGAGGGGGAAGCAAGAGAAAAGUUGUGAUGGUGCUGAGAAGGUUAUCGUUGCUGUUAAGGCAUCAAAGGAAAUUCCAAAGACUGCUCUUGUUUGGUCAUUGACUCAUGUUGUUCAACCUGGUGAUUGCAUUACACUGCUUGUUGUUGUUCCUUCUCAAACUUCUGGUAGAAGAUGGGGUUUUCCUAGAUUUGCUGGUGACUGUGCCAGUGGUAUGAAGAAGUAUCCUCCAGGAACUAUUUUAGAGCACAAGAGUGAUAUCACUGAUUCUUGCUCUCAGAUGAUACUUCAGCUCCACGAUGUCUAUGAUCCGAAUAAGAUAAAUGUCAGGAUUAAAAUUAUUUCUGGAUCACCUUGCGGAUCAGUGGCCGCAGAAGCCAAGAAAGGACAAGCCAGUUGGGUUGUUUUAGACAAACAUCUCAAACAUGAGGAAAAGAGAUGCAUGGAAGAGUUGCAGUGUAACAUUGUUGUUAUGAAGCGUACUCAACCGAAAGUGCUUCGUUUGAACUUGAUUGGAGCACAAAAGAAGGAAGUUGAAGAAGCUGGUACAUCACCUUCUGAGCAAGGUGAUAUACCUGAAAAACAAUCCGAAAACAAGAUGGAUUCUGUAGUAGAUUCUAUCAAAGGACCGAAUGUUACUCCGACUAGCAGCCCCGAGCUAGGGACGCCAUUCACCGCUACUACUGAAGCCGGUACUUCAUCAGCUUCAAGCUCAGAUCCUGGAACUUCACCGUUCUGUAUUCCAGAGAUGAAUGGUGAGACGAAGAGAGAAGAAACCAUUAAGGAAAGUCAUGAACUUUGUGAUACAUCAGACACAGAAAGUGAAAGUCUGUCGACAUCUUCGGCUAGCUUUAGAUACCAACCGCGGAUCACAGAAUUGCUUUUACAUCAACAAUCAUCUCAACGCAACGGAGAAAGAUCAGAGGCGUAUCAUGGUAUGCCUCAGGCAACUACAACCAAGGCUUUGCUAGAAAAGUAUUCUAGGCUUGAUAGAGGAGCUGGAAUGGAAAUGUCGGCAGCAUAUAGAAAUGACUCGGAUUUUAGUGGUAAUUUAAGAGAAGCGAUAGCAUUAUCAGGAAAUGCUCCACUUGGUCCACCUCCAUUGUGUUCGAUAUGUCAACACAAGGCACCUGUUUUUGGAAAACCUCCAAGGUGGUUCAGCUAUGCUGAGUUGGAACUCGCUACCGGGGGAUUUUCACAAGCCAACUUCUUGGCAGAAGGAGGGUAUGGAUCGGUUCAUCGAGGGGUUCUACCAGAAGGACAAGUCAUUGCUGUCAAGCAACAUAAAUUGGCUAGUUCUCAAGAGGAUAAGAGAAGGCUUCUGGUUUACGAGUACAUAUGCAAUGGAUCAUUGGAUUCACAUUUAUAUGGGCGACAAAGAGAUCCAUUAGAAUGGUCUGCGAGGCAGAAAAUUGCUGUUGGAGCUGCUCGCGGGUUAAGGUAUCUUCACGAAGAGUGCAGAGUUGGUUGUAUCAUCCACCGCGACAUGAGGCCGAACAACAUUCUCAUAACUCAUGAUUUUGAACCUCUGGUUGGUGAUUUUGGAUUGGCAAGGUGGCAACCUGAUGGAGACAUGGGUGUGGAUACUAGAGUAAUUGGAACAUUUGGGUAUUUGGCUCCUGAAUAUGCUCAAAGCGGCCAAAUCACCGAAAAAGCCGAUGUUUAUUCCUUUGGGGUGGUAUUGGUGGAGCUUGUUACCGGUAGAAAAGCUGUCGAUCUCACUCGGCCAAAGGGACAACAGUGCCUAACUGAGUGGGCCCGGCCACUGUUAGAAGAAUAUGCCAUUGACGAACUGAUUGACCCGAGACUUGGACGUCUCUAUUUAGAACAUGAGGUCUAUUGCAUGUUGCAUGCUGCUUCAUUAUGCAUAAGGAGAGAUCCUCAUUGUAGACCACGCAUGUCACAGGUUCUCCGAAUUCUAGAGGGAGACAUGGUGAUGGACACAAAUUACAUUUCAACUCCGGGCUAUGAUGUCGGAAAUAGAAGUGGUCGCAUUUGGUCAGAGCCACUGCAGAGACAGCAUCAUUACAGCGGUCCCCUCUUAGAAGAUUCAUUAGAGUCAUCAUUCAGUGGAAAGCUAUCUCGUGACAAGUACAAACCUUUCUAUUGGGAUAGGAGUAGGGACAAGCCUAUAAGAGCCUCAUCUGAAGAUGAUAUUUGA